AUGAUUGUAGAUCCAAACGGAAGCAGCGGAGCGGUGUUGGCUUCACCUUUAAAUUCAAAACUUUUAACGGCUAUGAAGAAUUUUUCAACUACUGUCUUUACCGGUGCACAUUCAACCAUCUCUAAAGGGGAUUACUUCUCAGUUGAAGGAGUACCGCUCGCGAGAAUGCCGAUAAGCUGGGCACCAGGGGAACCAGACAAUUACGAAAACAGCGAGGAAUGCCUGCUCCUUCACUCUAAUGGAGUGGUGGCUGACGUCAAAUGCUCAGAGGUUUUCCCCUUUAUAUGCUAUAAAAAAGGAAUAAAACCGACAGUUAUAUCCAACUGUGGCACUACUGAUAUUGAGUACACUCAUGAUUCUAGAACCGGUAGCUGUUACAAAUUCCACUACGUUGGCCGAACUUGGCCUCGUGCUUACAUGGCCUGUGCAUCGGAGGGCGGUUAUUUGGCCAUCAUUAACAGUCAUGCCGAAGCUGAAAUUCUAAAGGAGAUGUUUAAUAAGUAUCCCGAAGAUAAAAUAAUUGCGAGACACACGGACAAUGCUCACGUUGGAUUCUACGACUGGGGUGAACGUGGGGUUUGGAGUACAAUUCAUGGUCAAAGUCUCAAAGAAGCAGGAUUUGAAUCGUGGAGUCAUGGACAGCCAAAUAAUGCAACCUACGGUGAAUAUUGCGGGGCUAUAUACAAGAAUGAUGGGUUAUUUAAUGAUAUUUGGUGUGAUAACACUGCACCGUUCAUCUGUGAGAAGAAACCCGAGAGUCUUUUUUACUACGAUAAUGAUAAUAACUAA